AUGAAAGCCACAGAAACAACAACACCACCACCACUAGAAACCACACCGCUAGAAACUACAACAUUAGAAACCACACCACUCAUUCAACAAGAAGAACCCACAACCGCAUGUACGAUCAGCAUCUCCAAUACAGACCACCCCAACAACAACAAAACAAGCCGUAACAACAACGAUAACAAAAAAAGCAAAGGAAAAAUGAAACCACCAAUAGGACAAACAAACUUUUGCUUUGAUUUUAUCGCGUAUUGGCUUGCGACACUGGGCUCGUUGUUGUUCAUUAGUAUCGUUUGGUAUGUGAACCUCAAAGGGGAUUACAUGUUGUUUAUGUGGCAUCCCAUUUCGAUGUCUGCUAGCGUAUUUUUAUUGACUCAAGGUAUUUUGGUCUUGCAAAGAACACAAAAACCAAAAGAAAAGAAACGAGGAUUAGAUUACCAUCAAAUUCUACAGUAUAUAUCAACUAUCCUCGGAAUAUUUGGAUUUGCAAUAGCAGUAUACAACAAAUCAAUUCAUAAUAAACGACACCUCCAAUCGUGGCACGCAAUAUUCGGACUAUCCCUAUUCCUGCUAAUAUUCGCACAGCUAAUAUUCGGUCUAGCAAUCACAACCUGUCCUCGUCUGGUAUUCGGGUCGGCAUUGCGUGCCAAAAAACUGUACAAGUAUCAUCGAAUAAUCGGCUACAUUUUCCUGGUGUUGGCCUGGGUGACAAUGUUUACCGGUACGCAGGUCGGUCGCACCAAACGCGAAUUCGAUUAUUUGUAUGUGUGGGUGAUGACGUUAGUGGUUGUGUUUGUGGGUGUUGUUGAUCGUGUUAAUAGGCAGAAAGUAGGAUUUUAA